CGCGUCAGGCUCAGAGUCAGCAAGAGGCCCCCACCGCCUGAGCGGAGCGCGAUCGCACUGCCUCGCACCACUUGCCAGGUACCCGCCGAUGGACUCGCACCCGGGCUCAAAUAUUCUCUGCGUAAUGCACUCCAAUUCUCCAGUAUAAAGGAGCUGCGGCUGGACUGCGCAUUCUACACCCCACUUUUCACAACGAAUCUCACCAUGCUGAUGCUCUCGAAAACUAUCGCUCUGGCAAUGUCCGUGCUAUCUGUCAACGCUGCGGCAUUGACUGGCUCUGCCUCCACUGGCACGGCCCGCUUGGCCGUCAGUAGUGGUUCAGCUUCGGGCGCGCAGUCCAGCACCACUGCCACCCCUACUGGCGGAUAUACGGUCCUGGGUGUCUAUCAGACUUGCUUGACCCUGGAGUUCACGGUGCCGGCCUCUGCUACACCUACCACUGCUACCGCCUCAGCAACAGCUUCAGGCUCGGCCUCGGCCUCAGCGUCUUCAGCGUUGUCGUCGAUCUCCGCGGUCGCUAGCAGUGCCAUCGUUUCGGCCGCCAGCAGUGCCAUCUCGUCGGCUCUAUCUGCCAACCCCUCAUCCAGUGCGAUCUCUUCCGGCUCUGCAUCUGCUCCGACACCCAGCCUCGCCGUAUUCACCACCUGUCUCUACUUCUUGCCGUCUGAGACGGCUACGUUGACCUCUUCGGGCACCUCUGGAUCGAGCGCGAGUGCUUCUGCCAGUGCCAGUGCCGCCAGUGCCUCCGAGUCUGUCACAACGUUGUACGGGAUGUAGUUAUCUUCAUGUUGUAAUCGCGUGGAGAUCUCUUCACUUGUAACAAUCAUUCCA